UUUAGCUACCUUCACUUUUUUUUUAUCAGGUAUUUAUUGUAAGCUUAGUAAAAUUGGACUCCUUAAGGCUCAAGACAAAGACCUUUGUCUUCCUCUUCCUCACCCUGCUCUGCCUCUUAACUGUAGUUUGUGAUUCAGGUACUUCCUUAAGGCGAAGCUGGCAUGCCUGGAACUUCUGAGCUGAAACACAUAGAAGGCUAGGAAUCCACACUAUCGAGAUUGCAAUUUAUGCCUGUGGUUUGUUUUGAUAUAGAUAAGAAACUCCCAUUACCACAUUAGUGGCUUCAGAGGAAAACUACCACGUCCAGUUCACUGAAGUUCCCAGGUAUGGAAUUGAACCAAGACUUUCCACUAAAGGGGGAAAAAAAUGGAAAUGUAGGAGAUGACACCCAGCCCAGAGACGUCACUGACACAUGAGCAACCGUGUGUGCUUCCUGUUUGGGGUUUGUAGAGUCCGUGGUGAGUUCCACCACGUUUAUCUUCUGUGGAAUGCACAAGCUGAUAGCCAAGCCCAGCAGCUGUGGAACAUCAAGGGCAGUGGGGAAGGCCACAAGUUCUGGGGAGUCUGAAUUAUGAAGAGCACUAUGACAAAUCGGAAGUCCCUGCUGAUACUGUUGCUUUUAUUAGUCUUCUGGAUCAGUGUGACUGUUUUCCGCAACUCCACAAAGAACUGGCCUGCUCUCAGGUGGCCCGAUUCCCUCCUUCGCUGGACUUUCAUCAGGAAGACUUUGCACCCCGAAGCACCACCAUGUUCAGUAGUUUCUGAAAUAGAGACUGACCUGAAAAUCAGGAAGAUAGUGGAAAAAGUGGACCAGAUGAUCCCACCCAGACCCUUCACCCACGUGCACACCACCACCAGUGCUGCCCAGAGCACAGCCACCAUCCUCAACCCCAGAGACACAUACUGCCAGGGGGACCAGCUGGAUGUCCUGCUGGAGGCGAAGAACCACCUGGGACGCAGGAAGGAAUACGGCGGGGACUUCCUGAGGGCCAGGAUGUCCUCCGCAGGCCUGAAGGCCGGUGCGUCAGGGAGGGUGACGGACUUCAACAACGGCACCUACCUUGUCAGCUUCACUCUGUUCUGGGAGGGCCAGGUCUCCCUGUCUGUGCUACUCAUGCACCCCAGUGAAGGGGCGUCAGCCCUCUGGAGGGCGAGGAACCAAGGUUAUGACAGGGUGAUCUUCACAGGCCAUUUUACCCAUGGCAACUCCCAGGUCAACACUGAGUGCGCCCUGUUUUUAAACUCAAGUGCUGAACUGUGCAGAUAUCAGGAUGCUGAAGACCACGAAGCCUUCUACUGUGAGAGACCUCCACAUGUUUCCUGUGCUGCACUCACCCACAUGCAUUCCAGGAACAAAGACAUUUCCUAUCUUAGCCAACAAGAAAGGAGCCUCUUUGAAAGGUCGAAUGUGGGUGUGGAGAUUAUGAAAAACUCCAAGGUGAUUCACGUCACAAAAUGCAACACAAAAACAGUUCCAGUCAAAGAGAAAUGCAAGCCUGGAAGGACAUCCACAAUCCCCAGUGGACACGUCUGGAAAGACACAUGGAAUCCUGUCUCCUGCAUUUUGACUCCAGUCCAAAUGAAAGACUGCUUGAGAGGAAAAUUCAUAUAUCUAAUGGGAGAUUCCACAAUCCGCCAGUGGAUAGAAUACUUCAAAGCCAGUAUCAACACACUGAAGUCAGUAGAUCUGCAUGAAUAUGGAAAACUGCAACGCCAAUUUGCUGUGGACUUGGAUAGAAAUAUUAACAUUCAGUGGCAAAAGCAUGCUUACCCUUUAAUUGGCUCAAUGGUCUAUUCAGUCAAAGAGAUUGAGUACCUUGCACGAGCCAUUGACAGAACUGGAGGAGACAAAAAUACUAUCAUUGUGAUUUCUCUGGGCCAGCACUUCAGACCCUUUCCCCUUGAUGUCUUCAUCCGAAGGGCCCUCAAUGUCCACAAAGCUGUCCAGCGUCUUCUUCUGAGAAGCCCAGACACUGUGGUUAUCAUCAAGACAGAAAACACCAGGGAAAUGAACAGUGAUGUGGAAAGAUUUAGUGACUUUCAUGGUUACAUUCAAUAUCUUGUUAUGCAAGACAUUUUCCAGGAUCUCAAUGUGGGUAUUAUUGACGCCUGGGAUAUAACAAUUGCAUAUGGCUCAAAUGACGUCCACCCACCUCAAUAUGUUAUUGGAAAUCAAAUUAAUAUAUUCUUAAAUUAUAUUUGCUAGAUAGCACAUAUCUCUGAAAUCAUUCGUUUAAUUGAAAAAGAUCUAUUGAGUGUGUGCUAGGAUGCUAGGUGCUGGGUGGUCUAACUCCCUUUUAUACUAAGAAGACUGUCUACACUAUGGAUGCUGGAUCUAGCAAUUGUGCCAGAUAAGAUAUACUUAAUCUAAAAUUCCACUAAAAGCGAAACCAAGUAUAGUCACAAAAAGGUCCUAUGUUUACAGACAGAGCUGUGCAGCUCUUCACCAAGGGAAUCUAUGAUAGCUAUGGGAAAAACUUUUAUCUAAUGUUUCC